AUGUCAUCUGGAUCUGGCUUACCUCCGCGGCAACAUGCAGAAUUCGCUGUAAUGUCCCGCCUCAUAUCAUGCCUCGUAACGGAAAAGCUACUUCCCGCCUUCUACAUUCCCACAAAAAGCUCUUACCCAGCGUCGGGCAUAAUGGUCGUUAUCUCACCACGUAAGCUGCUGCCGAGCGACCCUCUGAAUCCAAAUGAUAUAUUUGUUGUCGUACCUCUCCACCAUGCCCCCGUGCUGCUGAAGGACGAUUGUCUCCACACGUACGGACGUCGCGUAGGCCUUGUCGACCCUUUGGAUAUGCUGCCCGUUAUAUAUGAACCAACUGAACGGUCUCCAAUAGAGGAUAUAAAUUAUUUAUUUCCAGUAAAGACAUUGGCUUGCCUUACCUCCCAUAUCUCUAAUAUCGACUGUUCUCCUACGCUAAACAUUGCCUCGGACCCAAUUGCGCUAUGGAGAAGAUGUGUUGAACACAUAGCGGUCGAAGAAUCUCUCCGUCAAAGUAUCGAGAAAGAGCUCCAAAGCUCCGUUGAGUGGCAAGUCCUGGCUUAUCAAAACCCGCCUAUCUGCCCUUCUCUACAAUCUCCCUCCAUUCAGUGGGAACAAAGCCUCCUGGCGGGGCACCCAACACACCCAGUAUGUUGUUUGCUGGUAGAACACCUACGGGGGCCUGACUCUUUUCAAAAGAUGCAUCGGGCUAGGAUGGUCAACAAUGGCCCUCCAGAUUUUGACUGGUAUCACCCGCUGAUCCGCUUUGUGAGAGUCCCACGAUCGAGUGUGCUCCUCAAUGGAUAUAUGGAAGACAUCAGUUUGUCUCUGGCCCAAAAGGCUGCGGACUAUUCGGGGCGGUGUUUACCUCCAACCAACGCCUCCGUGUUUUUGCCAGUUCACGAACUUCAAGUUGACAACAUCCUCGCGAAAUUUCCCGACGUCGAAGUCCUUCAGGAUAUCUGCAUCCCAGGACUUGCCCAAUCUAGUAUCAGGACGGUCAUCGUUCGUCAUCUUCCAGGAAUGGCUUUAAAGCUUUCUGUGGGAGUUAAAAUAUCCUCGGCGUUAAGAACCAUCUCCCACUUUACUGCGGACUUUGGUCCCCGAUUCUCGUCACAAAUUGUCCCGAAACUUUCGAUGAAUCGAGAUAUUCUGUCGGUCGAGCUUGAACCUGCAAGCGCUAUCUAUCACACCCCCGAUCCUGAUAUUGCGAAGCACCUGACCGUUGUCAUAAGAGAGGAAUAUCAACCCGCUGUUGGCGAGGUUGUUAUUGUCUGUGCUGCUCUUUUAGAGACGGAUCAUUCAGGAAUCCCUGCCUCCAUGUCAGCAGUUCAGCACGUUUUAAAUUUACGAACUGAACAAAGCUGCGCCAAGUUUUUGGACAGAUACAUUCGCAUCGCAUGUGAGGCUCUUCUGCCGGCCCUUCUUUAUAACGGGGUUGCAUUUGAAGCCCAUGCUCAAAAUCUUCUGGCUCGCUUCGAUAAGAAGACGGGGGAACUUCUCGGGUUUGUUAUUCGCGACCUCGGUGGACUCCGCAUCCAUCCUCCCACUCUCCGAAUGUCCACGGGGGUCGAUUUUCAGUUUCUCCCUGGUCACUGUAUUGCGACGGAAACGUUGGACGAAAUUUACCCCAAGUUCUAUCAUACAUUCGUGCACAACCAUAUCCAGCGAUUAAUUCGGGUGCUCGGUUUGCAUUACAGUGGUAUGGGAUGGCAAAUAUUAAGGGAACACAUGGAAUCGGUCAUUCCUGAUCACCACCGUCUUCGAAAGUUGUGGUUGCAUUCAGAUAGCAAAUUUGUCUCGUCGAAAUGUCUUCUACGCAUGCGAAUCCGUGAUUCCUACCGCGAUGUGAGAAACCUUCAUUCCCUCUUAUCGACGGAUUUUUCAAAUGUUUCGACCCAGAUGGUGUACAGCCCUUACCCAAACCUGAUCCAAUAUGACCCUGUGUGGAACGAACUUAAAGAUUAG